AUGGCAGAGGACUGGGGAAAGGCAGUAUUUGCUGCCAGGCGGUAUAACGAAGACACAACAAGGGGAUCAUCCUUCACUUAUACAAACAGCAAUCAUACCAAAGAUCCCUUCGAGGGUCCCAACUACCACAUUGCUCCCCGAUGGGUUUACAACAUCUCAACACUGUGGAUGAUCUUUGUGGUCAUUGCAUCAGUCUUCACCAAUGGUCUCGUCCUGGUGGCCACAGCAAAGUUCAAGAAACUCCGUCACCCUCUCAACUGGAUCUUGGUCAAUCUUGCAAUUGCUGAUCUUGGAGAGACACUUUUUGCCAGCACCAUCAGCGUUUGCAACCAGAUGUUUGGCUACUUCAUCCUGGGGCACCCCAUGUGCAUCUUUGAGGGCUAUACCGUCUCUGUUUGUGGUAUUGCUGCUCUGUGGUCCCUGGCUAUCAUCUCCUGGGAGAGAUGGGUGGUUGUGUGCAAGCCUUUUGGAAAUGUCAAGUUUGAUGGCAAAUGGGCCACAGCUGGAAUCGUCUUCUCCUGGGUUUGGUCAGCAGCUUGGUGUGCUCCCCCCAUAUUUGGAUGGAGCAGAUACUGGCCUCAUGGACUGAAGACCUCCUGCGGACCUGAUGUGUUCAGUGGAAGUGAAGACCCUGGAGUCCAGUCCUACAUGAUUGUUCUUAUGAUUACAUGUUGCUUCAUCCCCCUGGGCAUCAUCAUCCUCUGCUACAUUGCAGUCUACAUGGCUAUCCGUGCUGUUGCAAAGCAGCAGAAGGACUCUGAGUCAACCCAGAAGGCUGAGAAAGAAGUGUCCAGAAUGGUUGUUGUGAUGAUCCUGGCCUACUGUUUCUGCUGGGGACCUUACACGUUCUUUGCCUGCUUUGCUGCGGCCAACCCUGGAUAUGCCUUCCACCCUCUAGCUGCUGCUAUGCCUGCCUACUUUGCCAAGAGCGCCACCAUCUAUAACCCAAUUAUCUAUGUCUUCAUGAACAGACAGUUCCGUGUAUGCAUCAUGCAGCUCUUUGGCAAAACAGUGGAUGAAGGCUCUGAAGUGUCCACAUCAAAGACAGAGGUCUCCUCAGUGGCUCCUGCAUAAACCCUCACAUCUUACCUUUGUGGGGGAAAAAACUGAGAACCAAUGUGACUUGUACAGUAACUCUUCUUUGUUUCUUAAUUUUUACAUUCCCAACACCUGUUUUGAAU